AUGCCAUAUGUUUUUAUCACCCUGAAAGCUAGCACCAUGGUUACUCCGGCUAAGAAAUUCAUCAACAACCCAAACGAUGUGGUAACCGAGUUCAUCGAGGGUCUAGUCGAAACCUAUCCUGGACUCCAGUAUUUGGAUGGCCUUCCUGAGGUCAAGGUUGUACUACGAGCUGAUGUCUCCGCUGCAAAUUACGACAAGGUUGCCGUUAUAUCAGGAGGAGGAAGUGGGCAUGAACCAGCACAAGCUGGGUAUGUGGGAGAAGGAAUGCUUACGGCGGCUAUAUGCGGAGAUGUGUUUGCUUCGCCACCGGUUGAUUCCAUCUUAGCUGGGAUUCGAGCUGUAACUGGUCCGAAGGGAUGCCUCUUGGUUGUCACGAACUAUACUGGUGAUCGCUUGAACUUUGGCCUAGCAGCUGAGCAAGCAAAAACUGAAGGUUUUGAAGUAGAGACGGUGAUUGUUGGAGAUGAUUGUGCUCUACCCCCGCCGCGUGGCAUAGCUGGACGCAGAGGUUUAGCUGGAACAAUCCUUGUCCAUAAGGUUGCUGGGGCAGCAGCUGCUGCUGGUCUUUCUCUAGCUGAAGUAGCGGCAGAAGCAAAACGUGCAUCUGAGAUGGUUGGGACCAUGGGUGUUGCACUAUCUGUUUGUUCGCUUCCGGGACAGGAUGCAUCAGAUCGUUUGGGUCCAGAGAAAAUGGAACUUGGGCUUGGAGUUCAUGGGGAACCUGGUGCUGCUGUGGUCGAUAUUCAACCUGUGGAUGUUGUUGUAUCCCAUGUUCUUCAACAGAUACUGAUUCCAGAGACUAACUAUGUUCCAAUUACACGUGGUAACAGUGUCGUUCUGAUGGUUAAUGGCUUAGGUGGUACCCCUCUAAUGGAACUUAUGAUUGCUGCUGGGAAAGCAGUCGCUAAAUUACAAUUGGAAUAUGGACUUGCCGUUGAUAGGGUGUAUACUGGAUCAUUUAUGACGUCUCUUGAUAUGGCAGGGUUCUCGAUAUCGAUCAUGAAGGCUGACCAGUCAAUUUUAGAGCGUUUGGAUGCUCCGACCAAGGCACCUGGCUGGCCAGUUGGCACAGAUGCCGCCCACCAGCAAAGAUCCCCGUUCCACUGCCUCCCUUCCGAUCAAAACAAAACGAAGAGGCGACGCAGCAGCUGUCGAAGGAGAAAACGUUUGUGUUGUGGGACAUCAACGGCUGUCCGAUUUCCGAAUGGUUAUGAUCUUCGUCUGGUCGGUCGGAGAAUAGAAUCGGCGUUGAAGAAUUCAGGCUACUCUGGUCCUCUAACCAUCACUGCCAUUGGCGACCUAAGUCAAACCCCUGGUGACAAGGCCCUGCGAGAGCUUUCUUUCACUGGAAUCGCUCUUGAACAUUCCCACCCCGACCUUGGAUGGCCUUUCGUUAUGUGGAGCCUUCGUAAUCCAUCUCCUGCUACUAUAAUGCUCAUAUCCGGUCCUGGUCAAUUGGAAAGCCUAGCUACUACACUUCACAGCCUACACAAGAAGGGAUACACAAUUCUUCUGGCAUGCCCUCAACGAGCUCAGAAAAGCUAUCUGCUUGGUGUUUCUAAAGAGUGGCUCUGGAAAAGCAUACUGGAAGGUGGUGCAGCAGACGAUAAUAAACAGGAGACAACAACAAGACUUGUUCUUCCGGACCUUUGCACUGAAACGGAGGAAUCUCCCUGGCAAUGCUCAGUCUGCCUUUUUGCUGCCCAAAGCUGUGAAGAUCUCACCACGCAUCUCAAGAGUGUAAUACAUGCAUAUAAUGAGUGGGCCCGCGUGGCUAGUCACAAAGGUGAGUGGGAAUGUCUGUACAAUUUAGACGUGAGCCAUAGUCUGGACUGGCAAUUGCUGUGCAAAGCAGACGUGAGCAAGAGUCUUGAAUCAAAGGCAACACGAAUUUGGAUAGCACGGACUUUGGUUGAUGCCAAAACAUUGAAGGAAAAGUGCCGUAAAGACAUGCACAACAAGUAUAAAAUGAAGAAGAACAACGAAGUGACGCAGUAUAAGAAGGAGAACAACGAAGUGACGCAGUAUAAGAAGAAGAACAACAAAAAGGAGAACAACGAAGUGACGCAGUAUACUAAGAAGAACAACGAAGUGACGCAGUAUAAGGAGCAGAAAACGUUGGUAUUGUGGCACAUCAACAGCUGUCCUAUUCCCGAUGGUUAUCUAUGCUGCACUGAGACGGGUACGUGUACAAGAAACGGGGACGAUACGGGACGGGAAACGACAACAUCUCGUCUGGUCCGUCCGAGAAUUGAAUCUGCGUUGAAGAAUUCUGGUUCUUUGACCAUCACUGCCAUUGGCAACCUAACACAGACACCUCGUGACAAGGUCCUGCGAGAGCUCUAUUCCACUGGAAUCGCUCUUACACAUGCCCACGAUGUUGAAGCGGAUUUGCACGAGUGGACCCAUGUGAAUCCAUAUCCGGCUACUAUAAUGCUCAUAUCCGGUAUUUGUCAAUUGGAAUGCUUAGCUCCUUUACUUCACGACUUAAUCCUUAAGGGAUACAGAAUUCUUCUGGCAUAUCCUCAACGAUAUCCAGCUCCACGCUGGCUCUGGAAAUGCUUUCUUCUGCUUGGUGUUAAAGAAGAGUGGCUCUGGAAAAGGUUACUGGAAGAGUCUGCAGAUAAGAGAAUAAGACUUGAUCCGGCUGGAGCAGUGUUCGAUUUCGCGUUCGGCCAGACUUCGAGGUCGUCAUUUGUGGUUGGUUACGACUGGCUUCUGGUUUCCCGUCGUCUCGUGCUUCAACGGGUCGGCAUUCGGGGUUUAGUUUGA